AUGAGGUCCCCGUACCCAGGUCCGCCGAGCGCCUGGAGAAAGCGCCCCAUGCUGCCCUCUAGCGGGGGAUGGCCCCGGUGCGCGCGCAGCCCGCGAGGCGGGGCCUUGUCGGUGAGGCCUACUCCCAGCUCUUUCCUCUCGGCGGUUGGGACUGCGCCGUUGAAGCCGGUUCUCUGUGCGGGGCCGGCGCCGGGCCCAGCAAAGACCCGUGUGCCCCGAGAGGGACCGAGCAGACCCUGGGAGCCCGAGUCCCAGCAAGGCCCGAGCCGAGCCAGUUUCUCCAACACCCUGAGAGCGCUCUUGGUCCUGGCUGUUCAGACCCCAGACGAAUUUACUCCUUCUUUUUAUGGGGUGGGCCUUCAGAGUUUGAAGGAAGUGAAGCUAGCCUCACUCACUCCAGGGCCUCUUCCCACCCUGACUCGCCCGUUCCUGACGGUGGCCCGCUGUUUCGGGGCCGCGGCUGAGUCCCUCUGCGCCAGCCUCCCGGUGGCGGGCCAGCCAGCCCUUCUCUGUGCUAUGAGAAGAUGGGGCGCCCGGACGUCUCCAUCUUUCAAAAACACCAUUCCACUGACGACCCUGCCUGUGACGGGAACGAGUCUAACCCACUCUGGAUCGCACGUGCCUCGCAGAGGGACAGCGUUGUGGAGGAACACUUUCCAGGCCCACCAGCUUCCACCACCCAUUGCUAGGCGGGAACUUCUAAUGUCUCUCCUGGCUGUUUUAUGAUCUCCCAAACAAUCAGGCCAAAGGUAAGAAUUUUAAGAAAUAAUUCAUUGUCUGUACCUUUCUCUAUACCAUCACCAACAAGGACCAAGGUAGUGCUAGGCUGCUCUGCCUUCCAGGACACCCCUCCUUGCCCUGCAUUCCUUCUCCCUGCUCAGAGGGAGCCCACCUCUGCACUGCAUGGGGCAGACAGCAGAAUAUAGCUGUUUAAUGAUGGACAGUAACCUUAGGGGUGACUCUCAUCCCUCCCUCCGUUUUAUUCUACUUUCAGUUCUUCUGAGAAUGCAUUACUUUCUUGUUAGCCUCAACUCCCUACCCCUACUCACUAUAUCUUGGACAAAAGUCCUAUGCUACUUGGCUCCCCACGUUGUGGAGUAGACGGUGCAGAAGGCUUUUUGCCAGGAGCCUGCUGCUGGCCAGCCUGCCAGCCCUGCCCUCAUCCUCCCCACCUUGGUCCCCUAGCUGUCUGGUUACUCCUCCCUGUACCCCAGGGAAGCUUCCAGUCUUGGCUCUAACACGGCUCAGGCUAAGUUGACCAAAGACCUGCAGAUGGGACAAAAUAAGCUUUUCAUUAAUGUGCUUUGCCCUGUGCUGAACUGGCUGUGGGACUUCACCAGAGUUUGUAAAGAACAGCCAUGUGAAAACGCACUCAAGAAAAAAAUAAAAAUGCAACAGCAGUGGUAGUAAGUUCUAUGAAGGACAAAUGCAGAGGAAAGGAGGAACUUACAUGGGUGGGGGUAGAGGAAGGUGUCAGGGAAGCCUCUCUGAAGAAUGACCUAGAGGGCAGGUGGGAGCUACCCAAGCAGAUUCCAGGCACCUUGGGUGGACCAGGAUGGCCGACCAGGAUGGCCUUUUCCCAUGCUGUGCCCAGCAAGUUCCAUCAGUUCAGGAAGCAAACAGCUGGAGGCACCUGUGCAGACCCAUCCUGACCUCAUGAAACCAUGCCUACUCCUGGCAUUUGUGAAUGUCCAUCCCUACAAACUCAACUGAUGCCAGUAUGGGCUAUAGGGAGGGUCACAUCAGUCUCAAUUUGCCCAGGAUAGCUUCAGUUUGCCCCUGUUUUGGUGCUUUAUUAACAGCACCCUUUUGGAUAGUAGUAAAUAAUGUGGUCACCUGGCUCAGAGACUUGUCCACAAGCUCACUGCAUCCAAACAUCACAGGUCCAUCCUAGAGAUGGUCAAGAAGGAGGGUCACUUUCAUACCUGUCAGAAAAGCCCAGAUGGCUUAAAAAAUUUCCCCAGGUACUCCAAGAAGGGGCCCAGUAUUUGAAGUUUCUAUGCACUGACUAAAUCGACUGAUCUUUCACAAAUACACAAAUACACACCCAACCUCAAGCUAGUAUUUCCUUUCUAACAUUUUCCACCCCCUAUCAAUUAUUAGUUACCUGUCUCUUGCUCCGGCCUAUGGGAUCUAUGGAGAUAGGAACGUUUCUGCCUUGUUCACUCUAUGAAACCUGCAUUGGUUGUGUGCCAACAAAAUAACCUAGAUGAAAUGGACAAAUUUCUAGACAUACAAAACUUACCAAGUCUGAAUGAUGAAGAAACAAAAAAUCUUAACAGACCUACAACUAGUAAGGAGAUUGGAUCACUAAUCAAAAACCUCACAACAAAGAAAA